AUUAUUCCUUUGUAACCCGGCAACCACGCUAUUAACGCAUGCGCACAUUCGUGUCAGUGUGACAGACUCAUUUCCCGACAUGCACCUAUUGCGGAAGUAGGAAGAAGGGCAAAAGGGAUAUUGAAAGAAGGAAGGGGACAGAGUACGGAGGAGAUGUGGAGUGUACAAAAGCUGCUAUGGGGGUGCCGCUCCCUUUUGCCCCAAGGCUGCCGAUCAUUUUCACUUGGAAAUCGGGAUCUACGGAAAGUAGACUUUAUGCCUCAACCCAAAAACACUGAUCGUUGGGAUAACAAGAGGGCACUAUACGGAGUGUAUGACAACAUUGGGAUUCUAGGUGACUUUAAGGCACACCCCCGUGAUCUAAUAAUAGGCCCGUUCUGGCUGCGGGGCUGGAAAGGGAACGAACUGCAAAGAUGCAUUCGAAAGCGUCAAAUGGUUGGGCCAAGAAUGUUCUAUCAAGACAGAGAAAAUCUGACUAAGAGAAUCCGCUUCCUGUACAAGAGAUUUAACCGUUACGGCAAGCACCGCUAGGAUUUGUAUUUUGGACUUUUAUAUUUCCCUGCAACAAAUAAAUGUAUUUAAUAGUC